GCAGUAAACCCGCCCACCUGCGGCCGAGAGGAUGACGGGAAGGACGGAGAGCGUGUCAAGAACAUGGCGCUGGCUUAACGGUUGUUGCAGGGGAGUUGGGGUCUAACGGCCGUGUCCGCUAUGGGCUGGCAACUCGUCAGCCUCCUCCGGCGCGGGGUAUGGGCGGCGCUGACGGGCGGCUGCUACCUGGAGCCCCAGCAGAGCGGCUUCUCCAACGCCUUUCACCUGUACUUGUGGAUAAUACUACUCGGAGCCCCGUUUGUGCUGCAUUUGGCUGCAUCUCCCAGCAAAGUCGUUCUGGGGAUUUAUUGUGGUAUAGUGGCUCUCCUUUUUACUGUCAUAAAGGCAAUUAACUAUCGGCUUCACCUCAUGUUUGAGGAAGAAGAAAUUAUACAUCGCAAUGUUCAGUCUCCAGUUUCCACAAAGGACAGGAUUAGAUCUGGAGCAAAGGAUAACGGUGAACCAGAACUGACGCUAUCUUUUAGUCCUGGGAAUGGCAUGCAAGAUCUUCAUUUGACUGUUCUUAAAAGGGAUAGUUCAAAACCACCAGUCUGCCAUAACUCCUGCCAAUCCAUGCUGAAUACUGGGGCCAGUGACUCUGAUUUGUCGGCAAAUCCUAAAGAUGCGGAAGCACUCAAAGGUCUUAUCCAGAGCAAUGCAGCACCCCUGAUGCCAUCUGAUUCUGCAGUGAGUUUCCAUCAGUCAGCUUCUCAAGACGCAGAACCCAACAGGCAACACAAAGAAGAGUGUGACACCUUGAAAGAACCGCCGUCAUUCCUUUCCCCAUCUAUGGUGCCAUGCCAGUCAACUAUUUAUCAUUCCGCAUUAAAUGGAUUAGAUGGUUCUGAAAAUACUAGGCAUUGUGUUUUAGGUCAGAUUUAUACUUCGGCAUCAUGUGCCAGAUCAGCUCAUUUCGAUGGGGCCCCAAAUGAUUUGGAGGAUACACGCAAUUGGUCAGAGCACCUAGUGUCAACUGAACAGUUCAUAGAUAAGUUAAACCCAGACUGUCAAUGUACUGAUGUACCAGAGACUAUGUGUGAUGCGUUAGUGAUUAAUGCAGGUAAUGCUAAGCCAGGACCAAUGUGCAAUAGGAAUCUUCUUAGUGAUGAAAAUAAAUCUUUCAGGAAAUGUUUCAGUCAAACAAAGGAAACCCCUGGGAAUGUUGCUGGUUGUGUUGACUGUGGGGACCAGAAACUGCCAUGUGAACCAAGUACCAACCCUGCAGUAAUCAUAACAACUCACCUGAGAGCAAAAGAGAAUGAUUUUAAUGAUUCCAAUCAUGAAACAGUUCCAAUGAACAGCUUUUCUUCGGUGCAACCUACAGAAAGCAAAGAAGUAGAACUCUACUGUGAUCAGGAUUCCAGAAAACAUUUAAUUAAAAAUUUGGAGCCUAAGACUAAUCAAAAUAAUUCAGUUCAGUGUCCUAAUCGGAAACCAAGUUUGCCAAAUAUGCAAGAUUCAGAGAUAACAGACAUCCCAGUUAAUUCACCGGGGCUGCAAGAAGCUAUGAGAAAGAGCACUGACACUAUUAAUAAUGCUAACUUAACACCCUCAUCAUUUUUGUAUGUUAAUGUGAAUAAAGCGGCACCAAUGACAGGAUCUGAUAAGUUCAUAUCAAAGACAGAUCCUGCUGUCAGACCAAAGUCUUCCAGUUUUCUUAAAAGGGCUCUGUCUAGUCACCAGUGUGAUAAGCAGAAGCCAAGGAAACAAGUAAAUGUUGGUGCUGACUGCAUGAUUUAUGUUGGCAAUGAAUCUUGGUCCACAGUGGCCUCAAAGGACAAUAAAAGUGAAGAUGAGGAUACAAGUGAUCAUACUAGUCUUGGAAGCUCCUCAAGUCUGCAAUCUCAUCAUAAUCUUUCAAUAGAAACCUCUUCCAGUACUAAUUCACAGACCUAUUGUUCCCCAGAUCACACUCAUUGCAACCACCAAAAUUUACACCGACUGGCCGAUUCCAGAGCUGUGUCAGACUCCUUCUUGAAGGUUGUGCAUUGUCUAAUAGAAAACCAGAGGCAGCAUGAACAGCAAGCUGUGACCGAUUGCUCUCUGCAAACACACAUCACUGUCCUUAGUGCAAAUGGAGGAGCAGAUGUGGUAUUGAGCAGGACAUCCAGAGGGAACAUGAACAAUCAGGGAAGAACAUUAACCACUUCAAAGUCAGAUUUAGAGGCCAAAGAAGGACAGAUCCCAAAUGAGUCAAACUUUAUAGAGUUCAUUUCCUUACUGGAGUCAAUUAAUAGUUCAAGAAUUAAUGCAACAAGCUGCACAGGUGAUUGUCAAGAGGAGGGUGCUGUGGAUGGAGUUAUGCCCCUAGCAGAAACCAGAACACGAAGUACUCAGUGGCGUGACUGUAACAACCAACCAAGAGGAUCAGCAAUACAACAACGGCAAAAUGUAGAGAACAAUACCAGUGUUACUGCAAUCUUUGCUGGUACACCUCAGAGCUCGGAAGGUAACCAAGGAGAGGAUAACCAUGCUUGUUCAUUACGCUGGGCUAUCUCCAUGUGUCCAAGUGAUAAUCCAGGACAUGAGGCUUCAUCGCGUCAUGAUACCUCUACUGGUGCCGCACACUUCUUUGUAGAUGAGCUCGGAACAGUAAGGUCAUACACGUUUGGACAUGAAAGCAGAGGUUUUGAAAAUUCUUUGGAUCAUCCUCCAAGUUCAGAACAUGUCCAAAGUUCAUGGGAUCAUCAGUCCGACUUUCGCAGUUCCCCUUCAGCUUGGCACAAUGCUGCACAGGGUACAACAGAUGAGCCACCCCAGCAAAGACAGCCAGUCAUAUUGCAGAGGAUGCGAAUUAGAAGAUAUUCAGAAACACUUCAAGGCAGGGUUGGAAAUCGUGUAUCAGCUGUUAAAGUAAUAGAGGAAAAGUCCAAAUGGAGACUGUCCUACAGGUUUUGGAUUUUACCUGGCAAAUGGGUAGAAAUCCGUUAUGAUCGCUUGGCUUUGCUGACUUUACUUGACAGGAAUCAGGAAAUUGGAGAAAAUGUAUUGGCUGUUUUCUUGGCUGUUCUUGUUGCCCUUCUUGGAUUCAGUCUCCUUAACCAAGGGUUUUUCAAGGACCUGUCGGUCUUGCACUUCUGUCUGGUUAUUGCAAGCUGUCAGUAUUCCCUAUUAAAAAGUCCUCAGCCUGACCCAGCAUCACCUGUGCAUGGUCACAACAGAAUUGUCGCAUACAGUAGAUCUAUUUAUUUUUCAAUCUGCUGUAGUCUUGUGUGGGUUUUGGAUCUUGGCAGUAAGUCCACUCAGCUUCCAACUUCUACUCUAUAUGGAAUCAGAUUAAUAUCGCCAGAAAAUUUUGCUAUUGCAAGAGAUUUUAUUAUCGGGUUCACGCAGUGUUUCCCUGUCAUUUUCCUACUGGGUCUUCUCCCACAAAUAAAUACUUUUCUGACAUACUCGCUGGAACAAAUAGACAUGCACAUCUUUGGCGGAUCUGCAACAACAGGGCUAAUCUCAUCACUGUAUGGCUUUUCCCGCAGUUUAUUUGCUGUAUCGCUGCUAUAUGCAUUAUGUUUUGGCACAAUAAAGAGACCAUGGGAUGCUCAGCAUACUCCAGUGUUAUUUUCAGCUUAUUGUGGACUGCUGGUUGCUUGUUCCUAUCACCUCAGCAGACAAAGCAGUGAACCAGCAGUAUUGAUGUCCCUAAUUCGCUCUAAGUUGUUCAAUGAGUUGGACGUCCAGAAUCCAGAGCAUCCGCUGUCAGAAAACAAAGAUGUUCUUCCUGAAAAACUAAAGAAUUCUGUGAGAGAAGUCUUGAAGUCUGAUCUUGUUAUGUGUGCAGUAAUUACCCUUCUAACUUUUGCAAUCAGUGCAACUACUGUUUUCCUUUCAUUAAAGCCCUUCCUUGAUAUUGUGUUGUGUGCUUUGGCUGCAACAGUCGGAUUCUUGACACACUAUCUGCUCCCCCGGCUUCGAACACAAGUUCCAUGGUUUUGCUUUGCACAUCCUUUGCUUAAAACAAAGGAAUAUCGACAGUUUGAAGUCCGAGAUGCAGCCCAACUCAUGUGGUUUGAACAAUUGUACGUUUGGCUUCUUUGUUUGGAGAAGUACAUUAUUUACCCAGCUGUGGUGCUCAACGCACUCACCAACGAUGCUUUCUCUCUCAGUAGUCAGAAGAAGCUUGGUAUACACUGUGAUGUUUUAAUGAUGACCAUGGCCAGUAUGAAGCUAUUGCGCUCAUCCUUCUGUAAUCCAACAUACCAAUACGUAAUUUUGAGUUUCACCGUUCUCUUCUUCCAGUUUGACUACAGUGGUAUCUCUGAGACAUUUUUACUGGAUUUCUUCCUGAUGUCAGUUUUAUUCAGCAAGCUGUGGGACUUGCUGCUCAAGCUGCAGUUUAUUAUGACCUACAUUGCCCCUUGGCAGAUUGCUUGGGGUUCAGCCUUCCAUGCUUUUGCACAUCCCUUUUCUGUACCUCAUUCAGCUAUGCUCUUCAUUCAAGCUCUUGUAUCCUCUGUUUUUUCCACUCCUCUAACUCCAUUCCUUGGCAGUGCCAUUUUCAUGAUGUCUUACGCUAGACCAGUAAAGUUCUGGGAGAGAAAUUACAACACCAAGCGGGUGGACCAUUCAAAUACAAGACUGGAUUCACAGAUAAACAGAAGUACUGGGGCCGACGAUAACAAUUUAAAUUCCAUCUUCUACGAGCACAUGAUGAGAUCACUGCAGCAGAGCUUGUGUGGUGACUUGAUCCUGGGUCGCUGGGGAAGCUACAGCACGGGUGACUGCUUCAUCUUGGCCUCGGAUUACCUCAAUGCCCUAGUUCAUUUGGUAGAAAUUGGCAAUGGCCUUGUAACUUUUCAGCUCAGAGGACUUGAAUUCAGAGGUACAUAUUGCCAGCAAAGGGAAGUUGAAGCAAUAACAGAAGGUGUUGAGGAUGAUGAGGGCUGCUGCUGUUGCUGUGAACCAGGACAUUUGCCUCACAUGUUAUCAUUCAAUGCAGCUUUCAUCCAGCGCUGGCUGGCUUGGGAAGUUAUAUCAUCUCAAUAUGUACUGGAAGGCUAUAGCAUUAGUGACAACAAUGCAGCGUGUAUGUUGCAAAUGUUUGACCUCAGAAAGAUGCUUAUCACCUAUUAUGUAAAGAGCAUAAUAUAUUACUUGAUUUGUUCUCCAAAACUGGAAGACUGGUUACGCAAUGCAUCCAUACAGGAAGCUCUGCAUCUGUGUACAGCGUGGAAUUAUGUUGAUAGGGACCCAGGAGUUUUUAAUAUGAACAUUGAUGAAGACUAUGAUCAUUGUCUCAAGGGAAUCUCAAGAGCCAGCUUCUGUAAUGCUUAUUUAGAAUGGAUUCAACACUGCACCAGUAAAAGGACAAAGCCUGUGAGAAGUGAUGGGGAUUCUCCACUCGUAACCCUUUGUUUCAGCCUUUCUAUUUUUGGCAGAAGAGCUUUGGGAACUGCAACACACAACAUGUCCAUCAGCUUGGAAUCAUUUCUCUAUGGCCUGCAUGCGUUAUUUAAAGGAGAUUUUAGAAUCACCGCCAAACAGGAAUGGAUCUUUGAAGACAUAGAUCUGCUGCAUAAGGUCGUUGCCCCAGGAAUCCGAAUGUCCCUGAAGCUUCACCAGGAUCACUUCACUUCAUCCGAUGAAUAUGAGGACCCUGAGAUUCUGUACAGCGCCAUCAGCAGCCAUGAGCAAACAAUAGUCAUCUGUCAUGAAGGAGAUCCACGAUGGCGCCAGUCCAUCCUGUCAAACGCAGAGGCUUUACUUGCACUCCGACACGUAGUCGAUGAUGGAGUUGAUGAAUACAAGAUAAUUAUGCUCCAUCGUCGUUAUAUCAGCUUUAAAGUAGUGAAGGUAAAUAAAGAAAGUGUGAAAGGUCUGUGGGCAGGACAGCAACUCGAGCUGGUGUUCCUCCAGAAUCGCAACCCGGAGCGAGGCAGCAUUCAAAAUGCUAAGCAGGCCUUAAGAAACAUGAUCAAUUCCUCAUGCGAUCAGCCAAUUGGCUAUCCAAUUUAUGUCUCACCCCUUACAACAUCCUACGCUGGAUCACACAAGCAGCUGAAGAAUAUCUGGGGAGGUCCAAUCAGUUUGGAGAAUCUCAACAUGUGGUUCACUUCCAGGUGGCAGAAAUUGCGCAAGGGCUGCACUGGAAGUAACAUUGAUGAUUCAGAUCGUGGAGGAGCUUCCUCGGCUAGCAGCAACAACUGCUCUGGGAACACAACUCAGAGCGUUAGCUCCACGCAAACAAGGGCCUGGAGGCCACACGCAGUAACUUCGUUGACUGCUCACCACGCCAGGGAACGGAGGGACCAGAGGAGCUGUUCAGUGCAAGCUCGUUCAUCUCAUUCAGUGAUCCAGCAACCACCUGCUACAAGUCAGUCAGGGUCAUUGCUAGAAACAGAGCAAUCACCUUCACAGGUGUCAACAUCCGUCCAAGGCUUUGUUCAGAGGUUAUCCAACAGCCAACUGUCAUUCAGUAAUUCAGUUGCUUCUAUGUUAUCUCAAGUACCUCACCUUUCCACUGCCAGUCAGCUCAGUAGCCAGGGCCAUUCAUGUACACAGAACAGGCGCAGCAUCACCUCCUCCUCGAGCUCUACCCUUAGCCUCUUGUUUGGGAAAAGAAGUUUAUCCAGUGGACUUGUGAUAUCUGGGCUCUCAGCAGCAGAAGAAGGGAACACAACUGACACCCAGUCAACAAGCAGCGUCAACAUCGCAAUUGGACCAUCAGUCAGCCAUGGGAGCCAGAUGACACGGGGCACCUCUGAUGCCUGGUCAUCUCUGGAUGUUACAAUUUCCAACCAUCAGAAAGAUUCAAUGAACACAGAUGAUAUUUCACAUUCUCAGAAUGGAAACCUUAACUUGCAGGAAGAAUAGGGGACAGUGACUACUCGCCCAGUGUGAAAUUAGAAGCACUAGUGAUCUCUUGACUGUCAGUCAGAGAUGAUCAGGUUGAAAUGAAGCAGUAAAAUCAAUAAAUUGAGAAAGCAUGGAACUCUAGAGAUUUUGAAGCAAAUGGGGAGAGAAUUCACACCAUCCAGAAAAUGAAAUGGGAGCAACCAUAAUCCAGUGGAAUUAUCCCAAAUCAAAUGCUAAAUAUUGCUUUGUUUAGAGAAGCAUAUGCAUUGUUUCAUUUUCAAAGCUGAUUACACCUCAUCAAAAACUAGCUAUUUGUGAAUGAUAAUGCAAUUUCAGGUUUCUUUAAAAGACACAUUCCUGCUUUACCCAGCCAGACUGAACCUGAAAUUUAUCAGACUUCCUCAAUGUUCUCCAUUCCCAGAUUAGAUACUGUACAGGGUCAAGUGUGAUUUGGGUUCAACAAUUUUGACAAAUAAGUAGAUGCUGAUAAAAGCUAAUACUAGGUCUCUAGAAAGGAGCAACUAAACAAUCACUUGUAUUUAGCUCCAUAGUUAGAAAGUCUGACCUCACAAAACAAUGAAAAAAACUGGAAGGUUGUUUACAAAUGACUUCCUAAAAAUGUUAAUGAUGAAUUUGUGUAGCAUUCUACAGCUCCAGAAUUACUUGCGUAAUUUAAACCUAUAUUGAACUGUGACAAAAACAAAGUUGCUGGAAAAGUGCAGCAGGGCUGGCAGCAUCUGUGAAGGCAAAAAACAGAGUUAACGUUUCAGGUUCCGUGACCCUUCCUCAGAACUGAUGGUGGCUGAGAGAAUGUCAGUUUAUUUGCAGAACAAAGGGAGGGAUAUGGGGUAGGGAGUAAAAAAAAUAGGACAGAGCCUAAAAAGAGAGAAGAGCAGUUGGAUAGACAAAGAGUUAAUAACAAUGAGGCUGGGAGGGUGAAUGGUUGUUAAUGGGGUCUGUUAGUGACCAACAAUAGGGGGUGCGUAACGGCAGGCUGUGUGAUAACAAGGCCGAGUGUGUGGGGUAGGGGACUGGGACAUGGGAGAGUUUAGGCCCUAAAAUUAUUGAAUCGAUAUUGGGUCCAGAGGGCUGCAGGAUUCCCAAGCGGAAAGUGUGUAUAUUGAACUGUAGUUAGUCAACAUGGGAGUAUUAUGUGCAGUUCUGGUAUCCUUAUUAGUAAAGAGGUUCUGGAGACACUAGUAAAGGUGCAAGAAAUAUUUACCAGAAUGAUAUUAAAACUGAGAGAGUCAGUCUUUCAGGGCUGAUAAAACAAGCUGAGCUUCUUUCUCUAGGGAAGAGAAGGCUGAGUGGUGGCUGCAUAGAGCUCUUUGAAAACACCUUCUCUAUGUCUUUUGAAGCCUAUUAUAAUUUUUAAUUUAGGGGAAUGCAAAAUGAGGAGUUAUAAAUAUAAUUCUGAAAAGCUCAUUUGGUUAUUCAUGAAAAACAUCUUUACCUAGAGAGUGGUGGGAACAUGAAAUUCACUAAACACGGAAUGAUUGAGCAAAUAUUUCAGAUGCUUUUAGGGGAAGUUAGAUAUAUGCAUGAAAAGGAAAGGAAUAUGUCAAUAGAGUGAGAUGACAAUGGAGCAGGAAAAAAAGGAUCAUGCAUAAAUGGCAGCAUGGAUCAUCUGGGCUGUACAGCAUGUUUGUUUACUAUAAAUGCUGUGUAAAAUAAUAAAGUUGAGUAUUUAUUCCUUCCAGUCCUUUGUAUUACGAGAACUCAAAAGUGGGAAGAUAUUAUAAACUCAGAUUGUAAAAGAGGAGGACAAAAGCAGAUUUGAAUGAAUCCCCACACUUAAAUGCAGAUAGGGAGAAUUGGAGGGGAGGAAUAAGAAGCAGGAAGCACCAGUACUUUUUUUGAGAUAGUUAAUGUCCAUCUUACGAACUGAGCUCAGGUACUUACUGUACUGUAUGUGCUGCACUUCUACUACUGUCUCUGUAAUGGGGAAUGGAGUAGAAUGAAGGCAAAGUGUAUUAAAAGGUAGGCGUGGUGAUAAUGAAAAUCUGUGCUAGCUUAAUAAUUGCAGCUACUUACACAUGGGAUCACAUGCAGACACCCAUACCAUGUUCCCUGAUAUCUUUAUUGAUUUUACCAGAUGGUUAGACACUGCAGUCUUUGGGGGAUUUCCCAUGUGUUUAAAAUCUGCUAUGUAAGUAGCUUUUACACUGUCGCCAACAGACAGCUUUCAGAUUCCAGACCAAUACCACCUGGAAUGUGCCAGCUCAUCCACAAACCUGUUUCCUAGCUAAUACACUCAAUGUUCAUGGUGAUUCCACAGUUGAUGGAUUGUAAAUGCUCCUGGUGAUACUAAUUGUUCAUGUUUUAGGAACAAUGCAAAAUUCUCUUCGUGAAACAAAGCACUGAACUCCCACAUUGAUGUUUUACAUAGUUGUGUGUAAAGGCAAUCAACAGAAGCAAGAUACAUGAAGACAAGGAGCGAAUGCAAAGGAACAUACAAUGAAUGCUAAAUCAAUGAAAAGUAGUGGAGGUCCAAAGAGACUUGGUGGUUUAGGUACAUAGUUAAAAUGUCAUAAGAUAGGUACAAAAAUUAUUAAAAUGGCUAAUAGAAUACUGAGUCUGUUAUGUAGAGUACUAGAAUACAGGUAGCAGCAAUACAGAAAUUAUGAUGCAGCUACACAAAGUUUGGGUUAGGCCACAGCUAGAGUACUGACCAAUGUUCUGAGGACUACACCUUAGGUAUGUGUAUUGACUUUCAAAGGAGUGCAAUGUAGAUAUCACUAGAAUAAUACCCAGACUACAAGGGUUAAACUACAUGGAGAGACUGCACAAGCUUGUGUCCUCCAGAACUUUGAAGGCUUUACAACAUUAUCAGAUUAUAUCUUUAAGGGAAAUUGACAGGCAAGAUUGAAAGACAUGCUGGUUUUGGAAAGUGCAAAUUAGAGACAAUGAAGGAAUAAACCUAGGAAACAGUUCUAUAUGAAAAAGGUGAUUGAAUUUUGGGAUUCUCUUCUGCUGGUUGAUUUUAAUUGUUAAAUCACAAUGGUUACAGCACAGGUGGGAGGGUGGAAGGAGGCAUUUUAUCAUGUCUAUGCUCACUCUCUGAAGGAGAGCAAUUCACCCAGUACCACUCCCAUGUGCCCUUUCCUUUUUAGGUAAUGAUCCAGUUCCUUUUUGAAAGUUUAUACUGAUUCUCCUUCCACCACACUCUUAGUCAGUUCAUUCCAGAUCCUAACCAUUGGCUGUGUAAAAAUGCUUUUUCAUUGUUGCCGUUAUUUAUUUAGCCAAUUUCUUAAAUCUGUAUCCUCAAUUCUCAACUCUUCCAGUGAAGAGAAUUUUCUGCUUUUUACUCUGUUUACCAGAUCCCUCAGGCAUUGAAAUACCUCUAUCAAAUUUCUCAUCCUUACCUUCAAGCAAAAAAAUCCUGACUUCUCCAAUCUUUCUCUGCAAUUUCUCUAAUGCCUUCACAUCCUCCCAAAGUUGUGCCCAGAACUGGAUGCAUUACUCCAUUUCAGGCUAAACAAGUGUUUUAUAUAGGUUUAAUUUAACUUCCUUGCCUUCCUUUAACUUCCUUCCUUGAUAAAGUAAUUUAUUGUAUGUUCUUUUAACCUGCCCUGUUCUUUAAAUGAUUUAUUCACAACUACACCCAAGUCCCUGUUCUCGUAUACUCCUGUAUUGCCUCUCUGGUUCUUCCCACCAAAAUGAAUCACUUAAUUGUUUUUACGUGCAGUUUCCUCUGCCAUUUGUCCACCUAUUCCAUCAGACAAUAUCUUCCUUAAAAUCUAUCACUGUGCUCCUCACACUUCACUACACUGCUAUGUUUUGUAUCAAUGGCAAAUUUUGAAUUGGUGCCCUGUAAAUCAAGAUCAAGGUUAGUUAUAUAUAUGGAACUUCUGGGGUCCUAACUGCAAUCACUGGGAAGUCCACUCUAAACCUACCUCCAAUCCAAAAAUAAUCUAUUAACUGCUACUGUUUCCUUGUAAUUUUGUAAUUAUGUUGCUACUGUUCAUUUUAUUCUGUACACGCUAACUUUGCUCAAGUCUUUUGUGUUAUUUUGUCAAAUGCCUUUUGGAUGUCUAUGUACACCAUAUCAACAGCAUUACUCAAAUUUUUAUUACCUCAUUAAAAAACUCCAAAUUACAAAUAUUACAGAACAUAGUGUUAAAGGGGAUGUAGUCAUUUAGUCGUAGGACAAAAAAAGUACAAGUAAACUACUGUUUCAAUUUGCUGAUGUUCUACAAAGAAGAUGCAAUUAGAGUAAGCAGCUUCAGUUAGCUGGCACUAACAUAGUACAAUAGAGAAAGUGACCUCUUUUGUAAACCAUAUGAUUUCCUGGCAUUGGGGACAACUAACAGGGCCAAGCCCUCUAAUUAUGCUACAUUUCAGCUAGUGGGCAGAGGAUACACUGAACUCUGUAGAUUAUGCAUUUAUUUUGCCCCCUUUCUUCAGUUUCCACUUUGCCUUCCAGUGGAAUAAUUUCUAAUAGUUUAUUCAUGAACAAAAUCCUUUGCCCACUGUUCUUAUUUCUGUGCCUAUGAAAAAACUUGCAUUUAUAUUGUGCUUUUAACAUAGAAAAAAAAGUCCCAAGGCGCUUCAUGGAAACAUAAUCAGACAAAAAUAGCAGUGCAAUUCAUCUGUUCAGAGACUUGCCUGAUAAAAAUUGACAUCAGUCUCAUUUAUGAGGCAAAAUUGUAUUGUGGAGCUGCAGAAAACCAUUAAGUCAGCCUUUGUGGCAUGUGCCGUAGGAUGAAGCAGGAAGGAUAUCUGCUACUGGUGAGCAAAUUCAAUAUUACAAACUGCUUCACAGAACAGCAAAGUACAUGUUUGAAUAUCUAGAGUUAUUUUGCAAAAUACAAAACAAAUUAAACUUUUCCAAAGGACAAUUUUCUCUUUAAUUCCCUCCUUGCUUUCUAUUUGUUUUUAGAAAUAGAAAUCUUAAAAUUCCUGUUGAAAUUUAAGAAUGAGCUGCCAUAAUGUACUGUGCAAUUAUAUCAUUGUUUCAGCCUUUUGGAUUGUAUACUAUCAAAUAGCAAAAGUAUGGAUGAAAUUUGGCUUUUUGAGAAAAUAUGCAAGUAUGAAUAAUCUGUACAUCAGUUCAGAAACAGUUGUCAAAUUUUGAAUACAUUAGACUAUGCUGCAACACAAUUACCCACAAAAGGGCAACAAGUAUCAGAAAUUGCUUUUUCUCCAAUGAAAACAUUUUCAGUUAUUAGCCCAUUGUUUAAAUUGAUCAAUACAGUAAGGCAGUAAGAUCAAUUAGUGUACAUUAGCUUUGCUUGUAACAUGCUCUGUCUUGAAUAGCUGAUAAUUUUGUUUUUCUAUUUUGAAUGUUACAUUUACUGCAUGGACAGUGUUUUAAUUCUUGGAAACAGCACAAAUCACUUCAGUUAAUUCUUCAGAUUACUGAAAUGAAAUUUUAAAAUGAUUUUUAGGAAGUGACAUAUAUGUUUAUCUUUUCAAGCACAGAUUUGUAGGCAGGUAUAACAGAAUGUAAUGCUAGGGGUUUAGAAUUCUUUGAUUCAUAUUGAUGGCACCCUGAGAAAAAGAUGAAAUAUGCUUGGGCCACUCCGAGUCCUGCACUUAAAUAUACCUGCAUGAGGUUGCCUGUUGAGAUAUGCUAAAUUAUACAUGUGAUGAAUUUAUAGCAUUGUUAUAGUUUAGGUGAAAACUGAAGAUUAGAAGAUAUUAUGAAAUCAAGGUGUAGAAUAAAAUGGAAUGUAAUUUUUCAAAACAUCAAAUAAUGUGAAGUUUAACUGUACAAUACAAUUGCACUGAGAAUAUAUUCUUGAACUGCAUGCACAUCUUUGUACAAUCUUUUCCCACAAUUCAAGGGAAUAUGCACUAUGACUAUCAAGUUCUAAAACUUAUUUCUGCUAAUAUGAUAUAUAUAUUUGUUAAUUCAAUUGUCUUGGAAUUUUAUGAACAGUCUACAUUAUGCAUGAUGCAAUAUUGAA